GCCAACAGUGGGAGCGCAAGGAAGAGAGGAGAGCAGGCAGGAUCGCUGCUGAAAUGGCCACCAAACUUGUGGAUCUGGUGUACUGGCGGAGCGUGAGGUGGACUGGUGUAGUGUUCACGGGGCUGGUGAUCUCUCUGGCGAGCCUGUUCCAGCUCAGUGCCAUCACCGUGCUCUCCCACCUCUGCCUGGGUAUCAUGUGUGUCACCUUCCUCCUCCGUCUCUGGUACAAGCUGCUGGAGCUGCUUCGCUGUAACCCUGGGGUGCACCCUUUCCAGUCACAUCUGGAGUAUGACAACACUCUGACAGAUAAGGAUACAGUGAUGCUGGUCGAGGAGGUGGUGCUACUGGUUGCAUUCGCUAUUACAGAGAUCAAACGGCUCCUUUACAUCGACUGUAUGCUUGACUCUAUGAAGUUUGUUGUGUUCCUGUAUCUGUUGACCCAUGUCGGUGUCCAAACCAGCGGACUGACUCUCAUCAUUGCUGCUGUGAUCGUUGUUUUCUCACUUCCUCUCUUUUACAAAAAGCAGCAGAUGAGGAUAAGGAAGAUUGUUCGAGCGGUAAAAGCUUUUGUGAAGAAAAUCAAAAACAUGUGCCUCAAUCUGUAUAGUUCAGUCAGACCCUCCUCUGCUCCUGCAGCUGCCCCGAAACCUGCAGCUGUACCCGCUGUCAAACCGAAGGCCAAGGCAAAGUAGCUAGUUUACUGACGCGUUCAGGGCACCCAGGGUUUGGGAUUUGGAAAAUGUUAGAAUGGUACAUCCUCUGCGGGGGCCGCUAGAGGGGCAGUUCAUUUCCAUCUCUGCACCGCGAUGUUUGUUCAUGGGAGCAAGUUUUAAUUGAUCUUGACGGCUGAAACAAAACUACCAUUCACUCAAGGACAGGAAAGGGAAGUGUAUGAGCAGAGGAAUUUUAUUUACAGAGAUGUUUUGUUGGCAGUGUUCAGAAUAACUAGUUCACACAGUGAUGCAGUCCAGCCAGGGACAGCACCCAAUAUCCAGGUUCUUUUCAUUUAAUAACAUGUUUAUAUUUACAAGUACACUGAGCACUCUACUUAAUUUUUGCUGAUUUUAUUAUUUAGCAUUAAAAAACUUCAGUUGAAAAGAAAAUUAACGUUAUCUGCAUCCAUCAAUUAACAUAUUGUUAUGCUUGCUUUGCUGAAGAAAAAGUCGUUUAAAUUUCAUUAUAGUAUAAACGGUGAAAGAAGUUAAGUUCACCUAUUCUAAUGUGAUAACGAUAAAAGAUAUACAAACUUUUUAAUAAGCAGGUUAGUGGGUUUUUAAAGCCAUCUAACUUUAAACAGCUGACUGGCGUGGCUUAAAACAAAGCUUGGAGAGCAGUGAGAGAUCAGAUCGGUCAAGUGUGCACCAGAGAACCAAAGAAAAUUAAAGUAAAAAAAAUUGCAAAGCUUGGGGAACUGCAGAGUCAGAUAACACUGCCCGUUCAAUCUUUUUACUUGGAUUAUAUUGAUUAUAAAUCAUUAAUUGCUUCAAGCCUGGUAGUGUAUUUCUCUCUUAUUUUUCAAGUUGCUCUUUCAAACUCUCUUGGAGCAUCAAGUUGUCCUCAACUUUUACAUUUUUGUCUAAGUUAUAACUAUAUAUUUAACUUUCUUGACGACCAUGUUUGAUUUCCAAAAAGCUGCUCCAUUACCUGCUGUCAGAGGACAUUUCCAUAGAAAUUAACAAACUACAGCUUUUUAUACCAUUUUCAAAAUAUUCAUCUUCAUUAUCAGACAUUAGACACUUCCUGACAUGAAGGACUGAGACAGAAGAAUGGGUCCAACUAACAAAUUAGGCUGUGCUACAUAAUGCUGCUGGCAACUUGAUAAUAACAAGAAGAUGAAAAUGACAGGUAUAUAGCUAAAUAGCGACUUGGAAUUCAUUUAUAUUCAUAAGGUCAGGCUCAACAUCAAUUUGUUCAAAAAAACAAAAAACAGUGAUUGCUCUUGUGGCACCAAAGAAAAUAUUAAGAAUAAGAAUAUAAUUUAUUUUUGAUAUUUUUUGUCAGUCCAUUACCCAGACAUUUCCACAUUUUCCAAAUCAACCAAACUAUUUCAGAACGUGUUCAUUUGUUGAUUGAACUAAGUUAAUAAUAAACCUUUGUCUUCACUGUAGCUCAGGACACUUCAAUGGUAACCUAACAUGGAGAGUUGAAAUUGUUUCCGAAACUUUCUGUUCAAGCUUCAGCCCGGGCUACAAAGUGGCUAAAAAUCGUCCAGUGCUUUAACUCACGAGAGGUCUAAUCGAUUACGGCCAUGUUUUAAUUUUUUGAUGAACUUUUCCUCUAUUCUGAAAACUAUGGGUUUAGCUGCCAAACCUUAGCCAGUCAACUGUAAGCAGUUAUUUCAGUGCAGCUGUUUAGACGGCGAGCUACGGUUAGCAUGUCAGAUCGUGUUAGUGAUCAUGUGGCGCUCUCUAGUGGUCAGUGUUUUGGAACUUAAAACAAAGUUGCACUCGUACUACCAUGUCUUAAUGCGCUUAAGUUAUUGACUGAAAAUUCACAUUGCGAUGCAGGAUUUCAGCAUUCAAGUUCAGUUAAUAUCAUUUAACACAACUGUCAAUUGUGCUACAAAAUAAAAGUGUAAUUGCGAUCUUCAGAGAAGUAAAGCCAAUCGCUUGAAGCUAUAGGCACAGUCUGUUACUGUUCUCACUGUUGUUUCAGGUUUACUUAUUUCUAUAGGUAUUUAUUAUUUUUUUAUAGUUUUUUUUUCCUAUUAUCAUGUCACUACCCAAUAAUAAUAAAAAAGUUGUUU